ACCCACUUCACCUUCCCAUGUUCCAUCAACCGACCUCCCUCCAAAAACCACUUCAGAAAAUCUCUCAAACUGUUUUCGAAUUGCAACCGUCCGAUCGAUUAAUCAUGACUGACGUGGCAGAAGGCGAAAGGAGGAUCCUCGUGGCCGUCGACGAAGGCGAGGAGAGCAUGCAUGCGCUGUCGUGGUGCCUGAAGAACAUUGUCGCGCAAAAUUCCAAAGAUACCCUUAUCCUACUCUACGCCAAGCCCCCGCGAGCAGUGUUCACUGCUCUGGACGGCACAGGUAGGAGGAGAGAGGACCCAUCCGGGUAUUUGUUUUCGUCUGAGACUUGGGCGGCGAUGGAGAAGUACGCUGCUGAUGUGGCGGACUGCGUGAUGGAGAAGGCCAAGAAGACGUGCAGGGACCUCCGUCAGGAUGUUAAGGUGGAGACGAAAGUAGAGGACGGAGAUCCGAGGGAUGUCAUUUGCCAGAUGGCAGAGCAGCUUCGUGCUGACGUGUUGGUCGUGGGAAGCCACGGUUACGGCGGCAUCAAAAGGGCUUUCCUUGGGAGUGUGAGCAAUCACUGUGCACAGAAUGUCAAGUGUCCCGUCUUGAUUGUCAAGAAGCCAAAAACAAGUGCCGGGAGCAAAAGUGAAUAAUUGUGUUUGGGAAAUGGUGCUUACUGGUGAAGAAAAACAAGCGUUUGUAUUUGACUGUUUAAGCUUUGGGUGCGGUCGAGGCUUCUCUUUUAAUGCAUUGUUAAGAAAAUUACGCAUGUAUAUGUAAAACUUGUAAUCCAUUUUCGUUGGCCUAAAUUUAAUUGGGUUUCUACUUGGCUUA